AUGGCCCCCGACCCGACGAGCGCGUUCGGCCUCGCCGUCGUGACCUUUGUCGGCCCGGCGCUUCAUCUCUCGAGCGCCUCGCCCGCCGCACGCAGCCUCUUGGGGCUCGACACGGCCCAGGGCGGCGGUCUCGACGAGGCCACGGCCGCCGACGUGCUCCUGUCGUGGGCCAAGGGCCAGCUCGACGCCGACUCGAGCCAGUCGAGGAGCGACGUGCGCGCGCAGCUCGACGACCUCGUGCGGCGCUCGCGGGACCUGCCGUGGGGCGAGGGCGUCGACGUCGACUAUGUCGCGAGGGCCGGGCCGAGCCGCGAGGUCCGCAAGGCGACCGUCCUCGUCACCUCGUCGACCACCUCGUCGUCGUCGUCGUCCGCCGCCUCCUGCUCGACCUCGUCCAUCAGCAGUGACGACGCGCGUUCGACCAGCGACGAGUCGACAACCGCCUACUCGAUCCUCUUCCUGCGUCCCGCCACGUCGACGGCGCCCCCAAGCUCCCUCCCUCGCUCGCCUGCCCUCGCCGGCGCCAUCCUGUCCCCACCCGCCUCUGAUCCGCCUUCCCGAUCGCCGUCCAAGUCGCCGCACGACGACUCGAGCGACGUCGACAUCGCCGAGACGGUGCCGUCGUCACCGGCGCGGUCGUACUCGUCGUCGAGCGCCCACUCGGACGCGAGCACGUGCGGCAAGCGGCGCGUCGUCACGGGCAACGACCGCGCAGGCCUGCCGUUCUCGUCUGAGGUCAAGGCGGCCCUCGCUCGCACGUUGGGUGACGCCCUCGGCAAGAAGCCGUCGCCGGGAGCGCCCGACCUGUCGUCGAGAAUGUCGUCGCUCGACCUGCGCUCGUGGCCGCAGACGCCCUCUUCCUCGACGCCGCGGUGUCGAACGUGCGACCGGCCCGCCGCAGAACCUGUCGCAGCCGAGGACGAGACGCCGGCGCCCGUGCGACCGAGCCUGCGUCGGGCCGACUCGUCGUCCACCGGCUCGCGCAACAAGGUCCACUCGCCGUCGUACGAGCACGCCGAGCCGGUUCUCGAGCACAUGGCGCACGCCGUCGCUCACCACGACUCGACGAUGCCGUUGAGUCACGACAAGCUCGUCGCCCUCGUCGCCAACAUGCCCGAGAUCGCCUACUAUGCCGACCCGAACGGGCACAUCCAGUGGAUGUCCACCAGGUGGUUCAAGUACACUGGGCAGCAGAUCUCGGACGAGCCAUCGCCUGACGAGUGGGCCGCCUUCUUUCACCCCGACGACCUCGGCCACGCCUUCGAGGUGUACAACAAGGGCAUCCAGUCGGGCGCCGACUUUACGGCCGAGCACCGGAUUCGCGGCGCCGAUGGGUCGACCAAGUGGUUCCGCACCGCCGGCAGCGCCUGUCGAGACGUCAACGGCAAGGUCAUCGCGUUCGCGUGCAACAUCACCGAUGUAGAUGAACUCGUCAAGACUCGGCACGACGCCCUCAUCGUCAAGGAGCGCACCAAGGCGGUCCUGGCAGGGUCCGAGCUCACCCUCCUCACGAUCGACAUGGACCUGCGCAUCUCUUUCUUCGAGGGCAAGCACCCGCCGUUCAACUUCAACACCGACCCGCCGACGCUCGUCGGUCAGCGCUUCCACGACCUGUGCGCCGACGAGGACCUACGCGAGGGCGUGCGCAAGAUCCUCGACGAGGAGGAGGAGCUCGCCGAGGUCAAGACGGCGACCGACAACGGCCACGGCGGCAUCCGCCACAUGCGCUAUCGGAUUGUCCCCCUCAUUGGCGAUCCCUCCAUCCCCGUCUCGCACCCGGACGCCCAGGCCGUCGUCGGCUGCAUCGCUGUCGGCGUCGACGUGAGCGAUCGUGUCGACGCCGAGAACGCGCUCGAGGACAGCCGCACGCAGGCCGCCGAGCUUCGAGGGUCCGAACUCGCCGCUCGCGAGGCCAACCGGCUCAAGACCGAGUUCCUCACGACCGUCAGCCACGAGAUCCGCACGCCCAUCGCCGCCGUCCUUGGUAUCUGCGAGCUCCUCCUCAGCGACUCGGACCGCCUCGCCGACGACCAGCGCUCCCUCAUCGAGAAGGCCGUUCGCAGCACCGAGGUGCUCCUCGACCUCGUCGGCGCCGUCCUCGACUUUCGCAAGCUCGAGACGGGCGAGCUCGAGCUCGAGCGGGAGCCACUCGCGCUCUCGGACGUCCUCGGCGACGCGAGCCUCUUUGGCGUCCUCGCCGAGAAGAAGGGCCUCGACUUUAUCGAGGAGAACAGCCUGGCGUACAAGGGCGCGCUGCUCGGCGACCGCAUGCGGCUUCGCCAGGUGCUGUCCAACAUGCUCUCGAACAGCCUCAAGUUCACCUGCGAGGGCAACAUCACCUUGCGGCUGCGGCAGCUGUCCGAGGACGUUGAGAAGGUCGUCGUCCAGUUCGAGAUCUCGGAUACCGGCCUCGGCAUCAAGGAGGACGUCCUCCCGACGCUCUUCACGCCGUUCAAGCAGGCGAGUGUCGGCACGGCGCGCGAGUACGGUGGAUCCGGGCUCGGCCUCACGAUCACCAAGAACCUCGUUGAGCUCAUGGACGGCACCAUCGACUUGACGUCGACCUUUGGCGAGGGCUCCCGCAUGGUCAUCACCAUCCCGUUCGGCAAGGCGCCGACUCACGACUCGGCCUCUGCCGCCUCGGGCUCGACGACCGCGUCCAGCUCCGACACGCGCAAGCAGGCUCGGUCCAGCACCGACGACAAGGACGAGUCGGCGCCGUCGAGGCGACCUCAAGACGUUCGCGUACUGCUCGCCGAGGACAACCAGCUGAUCAGCGAGAUCGUCUCUCGCCAACUGCGCAAGAUGGGGUUCGCCGUCGACGCCGUCUUUAACGGCCAGGAGGCGGUCGACCACGUCAAGAAGGACGACUACUCGAUCGUGCUCAUGGACGGCCAGAUGCCCGGCGUCGACGGAUACAAGGCCACUCGAAUGAUCCGCAGCUCGUCGGUCGAGCGCAUCCGGUCGCUGCCCAUCGUCGCCCUGACGGCGAGCGCCAUCGCCGGCGACCGCGAGCGGUGCCUCGAUGCCGGCAUGUCGACCUACCUCGCCAAGCCUGUGCGAGCCAAGGAGCUCGAGGCGACGAUCUGGGCGCAGCUCGACAAGGUCGACAAGUCCGCCGAGGCUGCCUGAUCCCGCACUUCCCCUCGUCGCCACCCUCCCUCCUCGAUACCCACGCCGCACUCGAUUACCCCACUUUCUCUCCCACCGUAAUCUCUCCGCCUGUCCCGCCAUCCCCUUGUUGUCUGUACUUGUGAGCUGCAACUCGACGGUCUCCAACGGCUCAU